AUGAAGAUAGCGCUGCUUCCGCUGAUAGCGCAUACGCUUGUACACGGCUACAAUAUACCAGCGCAGAAGAACUAUCAGACGCAUGAUUACUACGUGGUACAAAGUCAUCUCGACAGCUCAGAGAUGUCGUCGGCGUUGGAAGCGUUCGGAGAAGAAUAUGGGAUGAAAUUCGUAGAGAAUGUUGGGGAACUGGACAACCACCACUUGUUUAAGGUUGAUAAGGGACGCUCGCUCGAUGAUUUGCACUCUUCAUUAUCAAAGAGGGAUCAUUAUCCAUUCAGAUCACUCACAUAUCAGCAACCACGCCAGAAACUACACAAGCGUGCCCCGUUACACCCAGAUACAGAUUCUGCCCGUGUGGCUCAGUCGCUCGGUAUCAAUGAUCCAAUUUUCGCAGAUCAGUGGCAUUUGGUUAAUGAUAAAAAGCCUGAACACUCGAUAAACGUUGCCCCGGUUUGGCAGCAAGGUAUCAAAGGUCAGGGUGUUAGAGUCGCUGUCGUCGAUGACGGUCUCGAUAUCCAUUCAGAGGAUCUGUCUCCUUCUUUCUUCCCCGAAGGUUCCUGGGAUUUCAACGACCACACCGCCUUACCUAUACCCCGCCUGAGAGAAGACUCCCAUGGUACUCGAUGUGCGGGUGAAAUAGCUGCUGCCAGCAAUGACGUCUGUGGUGUUGGUGUCGCAUAUGAAUCCAAAGUCGCUGGUAUCCGUAUCCUAUCAACUCCCAUCUCAGACGCAGAUGAAGCCACUGCAUUGAAUUAUGCCUACCAGCUAAAUGAUAUUUACUCCUGCUCGUGGGGACCUCCAGACGAUGGUAGAUCAGUUGAAGCUCCCAGUGAUCUCAUCGCCAAAGCGUUCGUUAAUGGUGUACAAAGGGGUAGAUCAGGAAAAGGCUCCCUCUUCGUCUUCGCUUCUGGAAAUGGUGCUGCUAGUGACGAUCAGUGUAACUUUGACGGUUACACAAAUAGUAUUUAUUCAAUAACUGUUGCUGCUAUUAGCAGAGACGGCACACAUCCUUAUUACUCGGAAGCAUGCACAGCAAAUUUGGUUGUCACAUAUAGCUCUGGUAGCAAUGACAGCAUUCAUACCACAGAUGUAGGUGCGAACGCUUGUACAUCUAGACAUGGAGGUACGUCAGCCGCUGCACCAAUAGCAGCUGGUAUCUAUGCCUUGGUUCUUCAGGUAAGACCAGAUUUGGGUUGGAGAGAUCUUCAGCAUCUCUCUGUUAAUACUGCUGAACCUAUUAAUCUUGAAGAGGAUGGUUGGGCUCCUACCGCUGCUGGUAGGAUGUACAAUAACCGCUACGGUUACGGUAAACUCAACACUGAAAAGAUCGUUGACGCAGCGCAUAAUCACAAAUUAGUCAAACCUCAAGCCUGGUAUGAAGCUCCAAUCGUUAAAAUACCGAAUGGAGUGAAUAUUGUCGGUCAACCGCUAAAUGGUCAGUGGUACGAAAGCAAUUUCCACUUGUCAGCCAAUCGUAUGCGUCAUCACAACAUUGAACGACUAGAGCAUAUUACUGCGACUGUUUGGAUUGAUCAUGACAGAAGGGGUGACAUUGAAGUAGAACUAAUUAGUCCAAACAAUGUGAAGAGCGUUUUAGCUAAACCAAGGAGGUAUGAUGGCUCUACUGAGGGACUGAAUGGAUGGAAGUUUAUGUCGACGAAACAUUGGGAUGAGAAUCCCGUCGGUGACUGGAAAAUUAGGGUUAAGGAUGGAUUCCACCCAAAGAAGCGUGGUAACUUUAAAGCUUGGUCUAUAGGAUUCUGGGGUGAAGCCGCAGAUGCAACAAAGGCCGUUGAUUAUGUUUUACCUUUUGAAAGACCAGAAGGGGAUUCAGAUAACGGCGAUGAUGAUGAUGAUGAUGAUGAUGAUAAUUCUAGCUCAGAUAUGCCAGAGUAUCUCGGACCAAGUACAACUUACCAAAGACCAAAGCCAACAGAUCAUCUUCCUGAAGAUCAUCAUGAAGCAGGCGAUGAAAUUCCAGAGUCAUCAUAUACCCCGACACCUGAUGAAGGAUAUCUGGACAACUCAACAUUCCUACUAAAUCAUCAAAGUUGGUUGAUAGGCGCUGCACUUGCGGGACUUUCACUCGUUGCAGCAGUUGGUACAGUGUGGGUGAUUAGAAGAAAGAAAGCACAAGAGUUGGCACGUGCUGAUGAAGAUAGCCGCGGAGUGUAUGCAUCACUGAAUCAAGGAGGUGGUGAUAGUCAUAGAAUGACAGAAUUUUCAUCGAAUAACGGUGGAAGGACGAGAGAACUGUACGAUGCAUUCAAACUCGCGGAUAGCGAUUCGGAGGAAAGUGAUGAGGAUAAUGGUAAAAAUGAGGAGUACAAGGAUGAGGAUGAGACGGAGCGGGGUGAUGAAUCACAGGUGCUGUAUGACAAAGACGAUGGCACUGGAAAUGUACACAAUGAAGCCCAAACUAGCUCAAAACCGUGGAAUGAAGAAGAACGGUAA